AUGGCCCUGUCGGAGCUGCAGGCGCGGGCGCGGUUCGUGCAGUUGUCGGCGGCGAGCGCGGGGCUGCACUUCGACGAGGACCGGUGGCUGAGCCGGGUGCGGCAGAGCCUGGAGCGGGAGGCCGCCGACGCGCUGGGCGCCGCGGCCAAGGUGUUCGACGUCCCGCGCCUGCUCAGGGCGACGCGGCCCGAGGCGUACCUGCCGCAGCACUUCGCGCUGGGGCCCUACCACUGCGGCCGCCCCGAGCUGAGGGACAUGGAGCGCUACAAGCUCGCCGCUGCCAAGCGCGCCGAGAAGCUCUUCGCCGAGGGGCGAAAGUUCGACCACCUCGUGCAGCAGCUGCUCCGGGACCAGGACAAGAUUCGCGCGCCAUACCACAGGUUCCUGGAGCUGAGCGACCAGACGCUGGCAUGGAUGAUGGCCAUUGACACCUGCUUCCUCCUCGACUUCCUCGAGAGCUACCACCGCGACGAGGUCACUGACAUGGUGUCCUCGGCGACCAACUGGAUCAACGCCACCGUGCGCGACGCCAUGAUGCUGGAGAACCAGAUCCCGCUCUUCCUCUUCUCGCAGGCGCUCGAGCUCCGCCACCCCAAGGCCGAGCAGGCCGCCGCCGACGCGCUGCACGCCGUGCUCGACCGCUUCAUCAAGGAGGUGUCCCCGAUCAAGACCACCGCGGACCUGGUCGUCGCCGACGUCGCCAGGCACGCGCACAUGCUCGAGCUCCUCUACCACUUCCUCGUCCCCGACGCGACGGUCUUCGACGGCGGAGACGGCGACCGGGAGCCGCCGCCGAUGGUGCCCGAGGAGUUCACCAUCGACAUGCUCGACCCGUCGCAGCAGCUGCCGGACUACGACAAGGUGAAGCAGGCGUGCAUGUAG